CCAGGCUGAACACCAGCAAACACCUCCGAGGUCCUAAUCAAGCCGUCAGCUGUCGCGUUCGUAGCAUACAGUCGUUCAAGACUACAUCACUCUCUUGAAGCCGUCGCUCUACCGUUUGCCGUGCGUCCCCUUCGAUAACACCUCGAUACCCACAACAAUGUCCGGCCAAACACCGGCUAACGUUCGCGUUUUCGUGCGUGCCCGUCCUUUAAAUACGCGAGAGCUCGAACGUGGAGCAAAAUGUCUUCUCCGUAUGGAUCCCGAAACCGAAACCACGCAUAUAUCCCGCCCAGACGACGCGGAUAAAGGCGCAGCACGGUCAUCGAAGCGCGCUGCACCUGGAGAAGAGAUCAAAUCUUUCGUUUUCGAUAAAUCCUUCUGGUCCGUCAACCCAGGCGACGAGCACUUCAUCAACCAGGACGGCGUUUACAAGCACGCCGGAAAGGAUUUCCUUGACCAUGCUAUGGACGGGUACAACUGCUGUAUCUUUGCAUAUGGACAGACUGGAUCAGGUAAAAGUCACACGAUGAUGGGAAAUCACACAGAACCUGGCUUGAUCCCUCGCCUCUGUGGUGACCUCUUUGCCCGCAUCGGGAAGCUUACCAACAAAGGCCGCAAGUUCAAGAUCGAGGUCUCCUACUUUGAAGUUUACAAUGAGAUGGUCCGCGAUCUUCUCAAGCCAGCUUCGAAACACAAUCUUCGUGUCCGCGAGGACCCUACGAAAGGGCCCUAUGUCGAGGAUCUUACGGAGUUGACCGCGGAUACUUUCGAUGAUGUUCUUCGCUUCAUGGAAAUGGGAUCCAAAACGCGUACGACGGCACCAACGAACAUGAACGACGCGUCGUCUCGGUCGCAUGCUGUUUUCACGCUCUCUAUCGCCCAAUUGUCCGGUUCUGGCUCCGCUAUCACUGAGAAAAACUCCCGGUUCCGUCUCGUGGAUCUUGCCGGGUCCGAGCGUGUCGCCCUUACUGGUGCAGUGGCAGGAGGCACUCGCUUCCGUGAAGGUGCAAACAUUAACAAAUCACUCACUACGCUCGGACGUGUCAUUGCUGGACUUGCUGAGGAUGCAAAGGGCGCCGUCAUCCCUUAUCGCGACUCGGUUCUUACGUGGUUGCUGAAGGACUCGUUGGGUGGCAAUUCAAGGACGGCGAUGAUUGCCUGUGUUUCCCCUUCCGACUACGAAGAAGGACUGUCGACACUCCGUUACGCAGACCAAGCCAAGCGCAUUCAGACCCGCGCCGUCGUCAACGUCGUCGAAAACGAAAACUCGCGACUUCAGAAGGAAAUAGCCAUGCUCAAAGUCCAACUCCUCCGCGCCUCAUCUGCCAUCGACGAAUCAUCCAUCUCAACAUCAAACUCCGACCUCGAACAAAGAGUCACAACCCUCGAAGCCGAGAACGAGCAUCUCCGCCAGAUGACCAACCUCCAGAAGCGCGAGUUAGACGCCGAGAUCAGGAAAGCCAAGAUCGAGAAAGCUUCGUUGCGUAUGCAGUUACGCUUGGCGAUUGAUUCGUUCAGAAAACCGAUUACGUUGCCGCCGUUGAUGAGUGAUGAUGGAAGUAAUAGUAGUGAUAGCGAGGAUGAGUUGCCUACGCCGCCGGUGGUGGAGUUGAGGACAGAUUUGAGUUCACUGAGACAGUUUCAGCAAUCAGUCAAGAAAGACAUUGGCUCAUGGAACUUGAGGAUGAGGGAGGGAGCUAUGAGGUGGCUCAAGUGAUGUUUGUCCGAAGAACUGUGGACUCUGUGGUGCGGAUAUGGCGUUUGAUUGUGGUUUUGGGGACAUUACUUUGGCGGACGCUUUUCUUAUAUGGCGUUAUUCCUGGG